AUGAUUGAAGAUUCUUCGCUUUUUUCUCUUUCAAAAAUCUCAAUUAAUGAUCUAUUAGUUCUGAGAGAGAAAAGGCAUGAAAAUCGAAUUGAAAACGCAAAACUCGUCGGGAAACCGUCAAAUUCUGAAGAAAAUUUUAUUGAAGGUCUUAAAAAAAGAAUAGAAACAAACAGGAUUUGUUUGGGCGUAAAUAUUAUUCAUGACUCGAUUUUAAAUAAUUCUUUUGUGUUAAGUAAUAAACAACUUUCUUCUAAUAAAAACAAGAGAUCCUUGUAUACAGGAGCUAUUGUGUCAAAAGAGAAUAUUCAUUUAAAUCAAAUGAACAGUAGUAUUAUUUCGGAGCAGAGAACCAAAAUUAAUAAUGUAAUAACUGAAGGGAACAAUACACAUAUUUUAACUCAUGAUUUGAAAAUUAGAAAAAAUCGAUUUGUAACAAAAAAGAAUUUAACUGGCACAAAAAUCAUUUGGGAUUCAAUUCAAGAAAAUAUUAAAAGUAUUGUUUCUCCUAAUGAAUAG